UCAAUCCGCAACAUCAACCCGUCUGCAAUUCAGCUUAUGUUGUUCAAAUGGUAAAAUCAACCUCCCACUUCCAACAUCACCUCCAGAAGAAACGCUUUACAUGUUACUUGGCGACAGAACCACAAAUGAAACGAUUGCGGAUUUCCACACCAACAUUCGAUCAUACAAUACUUUGUUUGCCGUUGCGUCCAUCGUGGAAAAUGUGGAUCAAAGUCUUCUUUGGCAAGGUAGCAACAGACCAACAACAUUCAGAAUUGACGGAACCAUUUACCACUGUAUUGGUGCUUUACGAUCAAACAACUAUCAACAGUCCAAUGUUUCUCAGAUUUACUUUCAUGAUGCCUCUGAACAGUUGCAACGGCGAACAAGCUUGAUCUCUCAUUUGAAGCCUGAAACCGUCCAACUUCUUCAAAAAAAUCAUCCAUGACAACAACCAUUACGCCGUUAAAUUCAUGACAGCAGCAGAU